GACUUCCUUCCGUUUUGAAUAUAACAUAUCGUGGCACUGUUACUGCUCCUCAAUAAAUACACUCUAAUUCUAAUCUGCAUCGUUCUGCCAUGUCUGCUAAUAUGUUAAAUGAAGUACUAAUUGCAUACCAUCUCCAUUUAUAGACAAUCGUGACAUUCUUAUUGAAUUCUACGCUUGGUAAACCUAUUGGAUCUAUAUCGGCCAUAUUGGGAUUACUAAUCUUUUAUAAUUGUGGAUUAUUUAGACCAAACUCAACUGAACACGCAAUAGCCUGAAGAGUUAAGUAACGUCCCUUAUUUUCUUUAUCUGUGUGUAAUUAACUUAUUAACUGUUAAUGGUUAUAUAAACUUUAGACGUAAUAUUUUGUUGCUAAUUUUUGUUAUCAUACGUUUUGGUCCACCACAAUUAUUUGGUGAGCCCUAGUAUUUUAUUAUCUCGCAUUUAUCCCAUUGUUAUAUUGUUUAUUCGCUCAUUGUACGACACUUUUGCUCAUUUUUAACCUAAUGUACUCCCCACCUAAGCUUAGUGAUUUGGAUCCUGUUCCAGUAACCACUCAUAGUUCAUCAUCUAACUUUACCGACUGUACAUUCAGUCCAGUCAACGCCAUUUCUGAAUUUAAGCUUCCACCAUAUGGAGUAAAUAAUCCUAGAAUCUGGUUUGCUCAAAUUGAAGCCUUAUUUCAGUCCAGGGGCGUACGUUCCCAAGCUUCUAAGUACGCUUAUGUAGUUGGCUCACUCCCGAUCGAAAUUGCGGCCGAAGUAGGAGACCUUAUCGACCAGGUUCCGGAAACCGAGCCGUAUGAUAAAUUAAAAGCGGCUUUAAUUCAGCGAACAACAGUCUCAGAUGAGACAAGAUUACAACAACUUUUGAAUGCAUGUGAUCUGGGAGACAGAAGACCUUCCCAACUACUCCGACACAUGAAACAACUUGCAGGCCCUUAUAAACUAGACGAAGCCCUCCUCAAACAUAUGUGGUUCAAUCGAUUACCACGCAGUGUCAGACAAAUCCUAAGUGCCUUGGGGAAGUCCUCCUCUCUCGAUGAUUUAGCUGAUAUGGCGGAUAAGGUAAUGGAAGUCUGCCAUGAUAAUCACUAUAUAAAUACGAUGCAACCGUAUGGAGCAGCUGAUGUCAGUUACUUAAACUCUAUUCAAAGACAGUUAUCUCAAUUGACGAAUCAACUUGAGUCCCUUCAAACCACUGUAGCAACGGUUCAGGCCAAACAAGUAAGACCCCUUUUCAGACAGAGAUCACGCUCUAGACCACGAUCCCGUUCACCUAAACGAACUUCCGAAAUUUGUUGGUAUCAUACUAAAUUCGGCACAAAAGCACGGCGUUGUACACGCCCAUGUGCAUUCCCCUCACCCACCACUGAUAACCAGGGAAACGGUCCGGCCAGGCAGUAAUGGCGGCGCCUGACUCUGGCCACAACUCAAGCCGUCUAUUUCAUGUCAGGGAUCGUAUUUCGGGCUCGGAUUUUCUAAUCGAUACUGGAGCCGAAAUAAGCAUACUCCCACUUCAUCUAUCCCGACGACGGCACUCCCAACACGCUAAAUUAUCAUUAGUGGCAGCAAACAAUUCUAUUAUUAAAACGUAUGGCGAGCAAUCACUCAUCUUAGACAUCGGUCUCCGUAGACGUUUUACAUGGGUUUUCAUCGUCGCUGAAGUUAAACAACCCAUCCUUGGAGCUGAUUUUCUUAGUAACUACAAUCUCCUUGUCGACAUGAGAAAAAAGAAACUUAUCGACGUGAAUACAAGUCUACAGGUCAACGGAACAAUCACCUGCAAUUAUGAAACUUAUGGUGUCCGAUUGCUUAGACCUGAUAGUCAAACUUUUGCCGAUCUUCUAUCGAAGUAUGAAUGUAUAACAAAAGCCGAUUAUCAAACUGAAAACUCCACACACCAUGUUCAACAUACUAUCACUACAACUGGUCCACCUAUCUGCGCCAAGGCGAGGAGACUACCACCCAAUAAGUUGCAGUCCGCUAAAAGAGAAUUUGAACAUAUGAUGCAACUAGGGAUAAUCCGACAGUCUAAUAGCCCUUGGGCCUCGCCACUGCACAUGGUUCCCAAAAAAGAUCAAGAUUGGCGCCCUUGUGGAGAUUAUAGGCGUCUGAAUAAUCAGACAGUUCCAGACAGAUACCCUAUUCCUCAUCUACACGAUUUUUCACUAAACCUGCACGGUAAACUGAUUUUUUCAAAACUAGACCUAGUCAGAGCUUAUCAUCAGAUCCCAGUGGCACCUGAGGAUAUUGAAAAAACAGCCGUAAUCACACCUUUUGGGUUGUUUGAAUUCUUGAGAAUGCCAUUUGGGCUUAAGAAUGCUGCGCAAACAUUCCAACGAUUUAUGGAUGAAGUCACGCGAGGUUUAGAUUUCGUAUUUGUUUACAUCGAUGACGUCCUAAUCGCUAGCUCUUCCUUGGAAGAACAUCUUCAGCACUUACAGACCCUCUUUGAGCGUUUCAAAAGUUAUGGCGUCGUGAUUAACCCCUCAAAGUGCAUAUUUGGUGUUUCAGUGUUGGAGUUCCUCGGUCAUUACAUAGACUCUCAGGGAAUUAAACCCCUUCCACAGAAGGUAGAAGCCAUAAUCAACUACCCUGAGCCUACUUCUGUUAAGGCACUACGUCGUUUCCUGGGAACAUUAAAUUUUUAUCGACGAUUUCUGCCCAAUUGUGCUGAUGUCCUACAACCCUUAACAGACCUGCUGAAAGAGGAUAAAGCGAGUAGCAAAAAUAAGAACCAACUAUUCCACUUACCCUCUGACGCCAAAAUAGCAUUUGAAAAAGCCAAAAACUUGAUCGCCGACGCAACUAUGCUACAACACCUAAACACUGACCCCCAAACGCAUCUGAUCUUGUGUACAGACGCAUCUCAAAAAGCUGUAGGGGCAGUGCUACAACAACGAGUUAAUAACAUGAUUAAACCAAUAGCUUUUUUCUCUAAACGGUUAUCACCCGCUCAAGAGCGGUACAGCACAUUUGGACGAGAACUUUUAGCCAUGUACCUAGCUGUUAAACACUUCAAUUUUUUACUACAGGGUCGUGACUUCACUAUUAUGACGGACCAUAAACCCCUGUGUUUCUCAUUUAAUACGUCAUAUGAUAAACAUUCUCCACGAGAAGCGAGACAACUCGAUUAUAUCUCGCAAUUUACAACAGACAUUCAGUUUAUCAAGGGUCAUACCAAUAUUGUCGCAGACGCACUGUCUAGAAAGGAUAUUAAUAUGACGGUACUUAACCAUGACAUCAAUCUUGAAACCUUAGCCAAGUUACAAGCAGACGAUGCAGAAUUGAAGGUCUGUAGAGAAAAGUCUAGCUUGAAUCUCAGAUCGGUACCCAUUCCUUUCUCAGAUGCAUCCAUUAUUUGUGACACUUCAACAGGCAAUAAUCGCCCUUUUGUCCCUCAGGUUUGUCGACUAAAGUUAUUCCAACACUUACAUGGACUCUCGCAUCCAGGUAUCAGAGCCACCACAAAGCUGAUCACCGAACGUUUUGUCUGGCCCAAAAUUAACUCCGAUAUAAAACGAUGGGCACGAAACUGCAUACAAUGUCAGCGGAGUAAGGUCCAGAGACACACAAUCAGCCCAAUUGGGGAAUUUCAUACCCCCGACAGACGUUUUCAACAUAUUCACUUGGAUUUAGUUGGGCCCCUGCCACCGUCAAACUCUUUCACUCACAUUCUCACUGUGGUGGACAGGUUCACUCGAUGGGCGAUUGCAUGCCCCAUCAAAGACACUUCAGCUGAAACUGUAGCAUCAGUUUUUCUCGACCGAUGGAUAUCGAACUACGGAGUACCUGCAAUUAUCACUACUGAUCGUGGCCCCCAAUUUCAAUCCAUUUUAUUUCAGGAAUUCACCAGACUACUUGGGGUCAACCACAUCAAAACAACGGCUUAUCAUCCAGCAGCUAAUGGCAUGGUUGAAAGAUUUCAUCGCCAAUUGAAAAGCUCGCUGACGACUCAAGCUGAUCCUACCAAAUGGAGCGAUGCCUUACCACUCGUACUCCUGGGUAUUCAUUCCACUAUUAAAGAAGACAUUGGGUGCACUGCUGCCGAAUUAGUCUACGGUACGACAUUAACAUUACCAGGCCAAUUAGUCAAUUGCGAAUCUACAACGCUAGGGGAUUCUUCCCGUUUUGCAAGCCGCUUAUUACAGACGAUGCAGAAUAUUAAACCAAUACCCCCUCGACAACAUAACAACCGGGUGCAAUUAGAUAAAAACCUUGAAACCUGCAAAUUCGUUUUCGUUCGAGUUGACGCUGUCAAAAAGCCAUUAAAACCACCAUACGAAGGUCCCUAUAAAGUAACCAAACGUACUCCCAAACAUUUUAUUAUCAUUCGAAAUGGGAACAAAGAAACUAUUUCCAUUGAUAGAAUUAAACCAGCGUUUUACGAACCGACUCACCUUAAAGAAGUUAACAUCGAUGAACAACAACCUCUCCUUUCUGUUCCUGAGAAGCCAAGCGAAGAGGACAAGUUUCAUCUUAAACCGUCUAUAACUCGUUCCGGUAGGUUGGUAAAGAAACCUAAGCGCUACGUACAUUUCGCCGACUAAUGAAAAUCGAUUCAAUUACAAGCACUUUAUUGUUGUUACUCAAUUUUCUAAUAAAAGCUAUUUAUUUUCCUUACAUGCACAUUUAAUAAUUACAUUUAUUUAUUAUCACUAGUUUUGCCAAUUUUUUUUUUAAUAGGAAAAAUUGCCAUAGUAAUAAACGAGUGAAUGCAAACCAACUAUUCAUUAAAUUCAUCCAUUUUUUUUAAAAUAUUUUAUGACUCUAGUAACAGUUUCGCACAUUUUAUUAUUAUUAUUAACAAACCAAAACUUUUUAAUGCUCGUUUUUCAGUUUCAUUUUGCGUAGCAUAGCCUAUAGUAUUAACGUGUCAUUUAUUCCUAUCUCCACAAUUUUUUUUUUCCGUUAUUACAGUAAAUACUAUUUUAUGUAAAUUUAUACACAAUAUUUCUCAAUUUUUGUUCAUAUUAUAAUCAGUGUUACCUCCGGACACUCUGGGGGGAGCUAUGUGGAGAUAGGACCAUAAAACCUAUUUUGUAAAUAAUUUUUCAUAGUUUACGCAUGUAUUUUCAUAUUCUGUACAUUUAGCAUUAAACAAUUGUACUUGUUGUUUAAGUGUAUUACUUUGAAGACUUGUAAUUUGACUUCCUUCCGUUUUGAAUAUAACAUAUCGUGGCACUGUUACUGCUCCUCAAUAAAUACACUCUAAUUCUAAUCUGCAUCGUUCUGCCAUGUCUGCUAAUAUGUUAAAUGAAGUACUAAUUGCAUACCAUCUCCAUUUAUAGACAAUCGUGACAUUCUUAUUGAAUUCUACGCUUGGUAAACCUAUUGGAUCUAUAUCGGCCAUAUUGGGAUUACUAAUCUUUUAUAAUUGUGGAUUAUUUAGACCAAACUCAACUGAACACGCAAUAGCCUGAAGAUGGCGUAACUGAUGUGACAGCAGCUCUUCUCUCAGUCAUCUGUACUGUUUUGAUCAUCAAAUGUGACGAAAAGCGAAAAGCAAAAGCUCUCACAGAACAAAAUGCCACAAAACACAGUCAAGCAAAUCUUUAUACACGUCAAAUGAAUUUACUUAUUACAGUUUUCGCUGUAUCAAUCAUAAUGUUAAUGGUGAAUCGUUCAGUGGUCGGAGUAGCUUAUCGAUUUCAACUACCAACUGCGAAUAUUCUAAUUUAUAUCGGUAAAUGUUUGGUGCUUUGAAUUUUAUCAUGAAUAAAUACAUCUAUCAAUCACUCGAACCCAAUUAAACACGACUGAAAUGAUGAUAGUUGUUAUUGUUUUACUAAUGAAUUGGAUAUAAUUAUAAUUAAAUCAGUCAUAUUAAUUUAU